AGGAAUCAUAAGUCGGAGAAUUUCCUUUAAACUCUAACAGAAGAGUUCCAAACUGUUCACAAUAUCUUGUCUUUUUUCUUUACUUUUAACCUGUUAGUCACAAAAAGCAAACCUCAGAACAGUAUAAUGAGGGGAUAUAUUUGGAUCGAAAGUAUAAUGAAGGUAUAUUUGACCCUUUUCUGUUAAUCUAAUACUAAAGGGACCAAAACCACAAUUAUGCAAUAGAGUAUGUGCUAAAAUCGCUAUUUUUUGAACUUGGAGCUUUCACAAGAAGGGAGAAACAACAAUAAACCCAGUAGCAAAAUUCCCAACUCCAAAGAGUUCUAAUUUGUGCAACCCAAAUGGAAUCCAAAGAAGAUGAAGCCAUUCCUCAACACCCAAAACGGAGCAAACCCACAGAUCCUCUUCAUUUUGAGUCCAUUUCAAGCAAAAAUACAGUCUUGCCAAUGCCUAGCCUUCCCGCAGAGCUCAUCACUGAAAUCUUGUUAAAGCUUCCUGUCAAAUCACUCUUGAAAUUCAGUGACAAGGACUACACCCACCAUGGACUUAUGUUUAAGGUUGCUAGUACUGCUAUCCGUGGCUUCAAGGUCUGUUCUCUUAGGGCUUUACUUUACCAUCCUCUAACGGAGGCAUUUGACUUGGAUUAUCCUGGUAAAAAUCUCGAUGAUCAUCCUCGGCUUGUUGGUUCUAUCAAUGGAUUGAUUUGUCUUGCCAUCAGAAUAUUGCACGGAUUUGAUGACUUGUAUCUAUGGAAUCCAUCAAUUAGAAAGUAUAAGAAAUUGCCUAGUUAUACACUUAGUCUGAGCAGCCGUAACUGUGAGGUUAGACUUUCUGAUUUCAAUUUCGGUUUUGCAUAUGAUGAGUUCCAAGAUGAUUAUAAGGUGGUGGGUGUUUUCCCUGUUUAUAGAUACGCAGGCAGCCUUUGUCGUGUUGAGGUCAAAAUAUAUAGUCUGAGGAGUAAUUCUUGGAGACGUGUUGGUGAUUUUCAAGGUAGAGAGUUGUUGGAUCAUUCUGCUAAGUUUGUGAAUGGGAAACUUCAUUGGCUUGACAGGGGUCGGAACAUCAUUUCUAUUGAUUUGGCUCAUGAGAUAUGGGUAGAGGUAGAGCAGCCCUCAUGUUUUAAAGGAUGUGGACGGUUGAAGCUAGGAGUGUUUGGGAGUGAUCUUUCUGUAUUUUGUAAUUACCCAUCGACUCAUGUAGAUGUCUGGGUUAUGAAGGAUAACGGAAUAAAGGAAUCUUGGACAAAGAUGUUUACCAUCAACUCUCCUGAAGUUCCUACGAGAUAUGUAUUUUAUUCACCCAUUUUAAUGUCAAAUGAAGGUGAAAUUUUACUUCAGUUUGGACAACGUUUCACGAAAUACAAUCCAAAGGAUGACUCAAUCAGAUAUCUAGAUGUUACUAACUUUGCUCCAUGUCUUGAGGCAGAAAUGUACGUUAAGAGCCUAGUUUGUCCCUUAUAUAGAGGGGAUCCUGAAUUCAACAACGGAGGCUGAAAUAAGUCAGAUGAAAACAUUUUCCUUAAGUGAUGUUAAACUGUGUUGCAUAUUGCUUGGGGAUCUUGUUGAUCACUUUCCUUAUCUGCACUAUUUUUAAGAAACAAUA